AUGCGGUGUACCCUAUCCGCUGGGAUCAUUGGCGCAGGCCUCGCGAUUGUACCUGUCGCUCACGCCUUGUCGCCUCGCACGGAGAUCUCCGACUCGUACGAUUUUGUCAUCAUUGGAGGAGGACAAGCCGGACUCACUGUAGGUGGCCGUCUCUCUGAAGACACAAAUCAUACAGUCCUAGUUUUGGAGGCAGGUGGUAAUGGUGAUGAUUACCGUGAACGUAUAGAUACCCCAGCAUACUCAUACUUUGAUUCCUUGUGGACAACACCAUUGAAUUGGAAAUAUUACACUGUUCCACAGCCCAAUGCCGAAGAUCGGGAGAUCUAUUGGCCUCGUGGCAAGGUGCUUGGAGGGAGUUCCGCCAUCAAUGGCUUAUAUCUAACCCGCCCGGGUGAAGAUGAUAUCAAUGCUUGGAAAGAUCUGUUGGGCGACAUGGAUGGAGCAGAGAAUUGGUCAUGGGAUUCUUUCUACGCUGCGAUGCGAAAAAGCGAGAAUUUCACUGCGCCAAGCGAUUCGAUAGCCGAAGAGGCGGAUAUUCAUUGGAAUAUAUCAACCCAUGGUACGGCGGGGCCGAUCCAGGCAUCUUACCCUGGAUACACGUUCCCUCAAGUGGGUUAUUGGGUAGAAUCCCUCGAAAAUAUCGGCAUCGCCAUUUCAGAGGAUAUGUACGGUGGUGACAACUGGGGCGCCGAGGUCUCAACAUCCUGCAUCAAUCCUUCCAAUUGGACGCGAUCGUAUAGUCGCACGGGUUAUCUCGACCCUCUCCCUGACAAGGGGAACUAUGACGUUCUCGCCAAUGCCUACGUAACUCGCAUCGUCUUCGACAACUCUACUUCCGACAAUUUGACGGCUACUGCAGUCGAGUACACAACUGACAACGGUACAACCACAUCGACGGUCAAGAUUAACAAAGAGGUCAUUCUUUCUGCGGGUGCAGUUGGCAGCCCGGCAAUACUGAUGUAUAGUGGUGUCGGCCCGAAGGAUGUUCUAUCUGAUGCUGGCAUUGACCUUCUAUCCGAACUCCCUGGUGUUGGCCAGCACCUUCAAGAUCACUUUAGUGCUACGGUGACAUGGGAUACCGAUGCGACUACGGCAGGCUCUAUUUACUAUGACGACGGUGCCGACAAGGAUAAUCAGCUUUAUCUCUCAUACAUCGAUGAUGCCGUCGCGUACGUUAACGCAACCGCGAUAUACGGUAGCAGUGUUUCCUCUAUGGAGUCGAGCAUCCUCGCGUCCAUUAACCAGUAUGCACCAAAUACGACAUACAGCGACGAAGUGAUCGCAGGCUACAAAGCCAUCUGCAACAUCACAGCGAAGAAAAUCUUCAACAGUCCAACCGGUAUCAUCGAGCUCUUGUUCAUGAACAGCGAUUCGAAUGGUGAUGUCGGGAUCACCGCUGCUCUCCAGCACCCGUAUAGCCACGGUCGCAUUUACAUCAACUCCUCAAACCCACUGGACUACCCCGUCAUCGACCCCAACUAUCUAUACAACCCCGCUGACUACGAAGUCCUCCGUGAUGGCCUCAAAAUGGCACGAAGCAUAGGCGAAGCAUCUCCGCUGAGCAACAAUCUCACAACCGAAACAGCACCCGGAUCAAAUGUUACAACCGAUGAUGAAUGGGUUAAAUGGCUGCGCGGCGCUGCCAGCACAGAAUUCCAUCCCUCUUCAUCAUGUGCAAUGCUUCCCCGCGAGCUGGGUGGUGUCGUUGACGCAAACCUAUUGGUUUACGGCCUCGCGAAUGUUCGCGUGGUCGAUGCCAGUGUUCCACCUAUUGCCUUGUCAACGCAUCUCAUGGCUUCAACCUAUGGAGUCGCUGAGCAGGCGGCGAAUAUUAUUCGUGGAUUUUACAAUGGGGUGCCCAUGACACAGUCUUCUGGCAAUGGUGGCAGUAACAGCAGCAGUGGGACUACUUCCUCUAAGCCCACCGCUGCGAAGCAUGUCAAAUCAAGUGGGUCGACUGCUGCUCCAAGUAGUAGCGCUCCUGGUAAGGAGGGUGCGCCUUUAUACAGUUGGGUGUCCUUCUUGCUCUUUAUUGGCUUGUUUAUGUAG